AUGGAGAAAGAAGAGUCCCUGGAUGGUAGCAACAGCAGUGAAGAGGACCCCCUUGAAGAGAAAGCAAAGUAUAAUACAAACCCUGCAGGAUGCUUCUACAAUUUCUCAAGCGAAGUGCUCAAAUUGAGCGUAAUUUCCUACUACUUCUGGACGUCCUUUUGCUACAUAGCUGGAUCGAUAACAUUUAUAUUUGGCUACACAACUUCGUCUUUGAGAAUAUUUGGUCAGAUUGUAUGUGCAGCUUCGUCCAACGUGUACGUCUUUUCCUCCUUGUGGUUACUUAUUGGCAUCAUUUCUGUGGCCACAUGCAUAUGCUACGCCAUAGCCCUAGACGGGGAAGGUAACCAAAUACACACGCGACAUAACUCCCCUUUAUUUUUGAACUUACUGGGAAUCCUCUGCAAAACCGUCCCGACCAUUGUCCGCGUAAUUCACAUUUUCAAUUUAUUUCAACUCUACGUAAUAACCAUCGAUAUUAUGAUUUUGCCUGAGUGCAAUUCUUUCGUUGUACGAUUUGUUUUGUUUAUUGUUCAUAUUUUUUGGUGGACCAUUGUCAUUUUGGGCAUUGUCUCCAGGAAGAAGAUAUUCCUACCUCCUCAUCUGUACAAACCGAUAACGAACGAUGUGGGGUAUAUAGUCCAUGUCAAUAACUUCUUGCACUCUUUUGGCCUAUAA